CGAGUCAAUGACGACGGCCCCGUAGUCGCUCUCUCUCUGCCGUCGCAUCUGUGCGUGUGUGUCGUCGUCUCUUCUCUCCCUUCGAGUUAUUUUCUGUCGGCCCUGUUCCGCGGGGCACAAGGAAAUUUUUAGCCUAUUUUACCUCUCUCCGACGACUGAACACCGUAAUACAUACACACUCACAUACACACGCAUACAUAAAUACGUACGUCAUACAUACACACACACACACAUAUACGUCACGUACGUAUGCGCUCACUCGCUCAUAAACUCGUUCACUCAGUCACACAUAAAUACGUUCCACUAGCCGCUGUACACACUGUACGGGCAGUCGUUCGUUCCACACACACACUGUCCCAUACAUACACACACACACUCGCUCACCAACACACGUUCACUCGUACACGGUCCGCCGAAUAAUAUCGCCUUUUUAAUUCCGCGCGCGCGGGCGUCCGUAGACCGUACGGUUUUUCAUACGCAUACACGCGCACCGAACACACGCACACACACACACACACACAUACACACACACACACCGACAUCAACGCUCUAGCCGUCGUGAGUUGUGCGUGCGACUGAGUAAAGAAUUAAUUUUUUUUUUUUUUCAUAUACAUACAUACCUAGGUACUGUACGUAACUUGUGUGUUUUCGUGUGGGUGUCGUGGUUUUUUUUCGUUUGAAUUCCUUCUGGUCGACGUUCGGCGACGGUGACGAAGACCUUCACAGCGUCGAUCACGGCUACGGCUACGGUGAUCAAGACGGCGGCGGCGGCGGCGGUGGUGGCGGCGACGACGACGACGAUCAGGAGCGCGACGGUGGCGGUGGCUGCGACGACUAGACGGCCAGUGCGAUCGUUUUAGAGUGAUUUGCUGAGAAAUUCGGCCGACCCGUACCCGGGAAAACGUAUCCGAAAUUAUGUGCUGGAAUUCGCUCAGCAUCGUUGUGUACAGCGUCGUUUUCUACGCCUUAUUGGAUUUCCAGCCCUCCAGGGUCUUGGCUGAUGAGCCCACUUACGAGGGUAAUACAACAGUGAGAGAAGGCGACCCAUUUAAGAUAACAUGUCGUGUUUCAAUGUUCCAAGUCAUAAAAUGGCAAAAGGAUGGUCAAACCCUGGUUACUGAUGAACAUUUCAAUAUCAGCGAAGCAGUAACUAGUGACAAUAUGUUUGUAUCCACGAUUACGACCAAUUCUGCAUCCUCGAUGCAUUCGGGUGCCUAUCGAUGCACAACUCAGUACAACAAGUUUCAUGUACUAAAUGUGGUUACCGCAACACUAAGUAUAAAAGGAAAUUAUGACCACUACACCGAUCAGUAUAAUGUAGGUGAAUACAGAAGCAAACUAGUGCUUAAUUGUAAUGAUGAUGAAGCUCAUGGUGUAAAGUACACAUCAAAGUGGUUUAAAGAUGGUAAUCAAAUAACAACUGAUUCUGAAGACCCACACCACUAUGAUGUGUCUGAAAACACUUUGGUAGUUAAUCGUUUUGUUGAAAGUGAUGUUGGCGAGUAUAAAUGCGAAAUACGUGAUUCUAAUAAUAAUGUUAAAGCUGAAAAGACAGUCAAGAUUUUUUUAAAGCCUUACAUGAAACUGCCAAAAACAGCUACAUUUAUUGAGGGUGAAAAAAUGGAAUUGGAAUGCGUUGUAUAUGGUGUACCUACACCAGAAAUUAGUUGGAAAUUUGAAAAUAAAACUCUUUUGCCUACUGAACAAAUUAAGUUUUUACCUAACAAGAAGAAUAUUAGCAAUGCCAUCUUAGUUUUGGAUCCUAUCAAAAUGGAAGAUAGAGGAAACUUCUUCUGCAUUGGAAAGAGUAAUGUCUCAUAUCCUGUAACCUCUGGCGCUUCUUACGUGCGCAUUAAAGAUAAAAUGGCUGCAUUGUGGCCGUUCUUGGGUAUUUGUGCUGAAGUAAUCCUUCUGUGUUUGGUUAUAUUUAUAUAUGAGAAAAAACGUAACAAGGCCGAAUUUGAGGAAAGUGAUACAGACCAAGGGCCAGAGACGUAAAAACAAUGCUAACGACCACAGUGGUGGUGAUGUACGACACCGGAAAUAAUUUGACAGUUAAAUGAAUAAUAACACAUUUUAAACAAAGGUCAUAAGUAAGGAAUAAAGUUUUAGAUACAGAUGCAUUAGGUUUGCCAGACCAAUUUUUAUUUAUGUUUUUAGAAAAAAAUUUAUCAUAGUUGUUAACAAAUAACUAAAUGAAAACAGCUAUUUGUUGUUUUGGUCCAGCUGAAACAGUGUUAUACUUACUGCUUAUUGUAUUUUUUACUCCAUAAAAAAUGAAAUUGAAUGUUUUUCCAUUGGUUUUUGGAAUAAUUCAGGUUCAAUAAUGGUAUACUAGCUGUAUUGUAUAAACAAAUUUAGGCUCAUUGUGCAAAUCAUUUGCUCUCCGUGUUUUGUUGUGUUAUUAUUAUUAAUAUUAUUUUAUUUUAUU